AUGUCUGUCCCCCGAAAUCCGUCCCCGACGCGAAAAGACACCGCCAUCACCGAUAAGAAGCAGCUAGCCGGGUAUAACAUAACUGUAGACAAAGGGAUUGCGCUCCCAGAGGCGCUUGCGGACUUGGUGAAGACACUCAAGCGAAGCCGUCAGCAGGAGCCUUCGCCCCACGCACAAGCAGUUAUACACACCAGGAGGGCGGCGUCGGUGGAAAAUGAGAUCACAGCCCGGAAGAUGAUUGAGGAGCACAUCCUUUUCCGGGGCGAGGGCUACUCUGGUGGGAUUAAGGGCGUGACACUAAAGGACCAGGUGAAUCUAAUCAAAGACUAUCUUCCUACGCCGCCGCGUGUAACCGUCCCGGAGCUAUGGGGCUCCCUCGCGCGACCACAGCCAGACAGCUGCAUCGGAUAUAUCACGGCCACAGAGGCGACAACACACACACCGGCAUUCGCUAUGCCGUUUACCCACGAGGAGGAUGACAUGGCUGACUGGCACAACGUUGUCCAGAACGCCGAUACACACUUUCCUUUUCUCACCGCUCAGUGGAAGGCCGCCAUCUUUGGCGAAAACCAGGUCCACGCCUCCCUCCAAGCCGCACGCGACGGGGCCCUUAUCGUCAACUACAUGCACGACUUCUACUCGCUUGCGUACCCCAAUCGCACCCCCACGCAUCUCGAGACGUGUCAUUUCUCCUUGACGACGGAAGGUUACACAAUCAUACUUUGGAUACACUGGCGGGAAGUGGACCUAGAAAACGGUGAGGUAUACUUCCGGAUGGAGGAGGUAGAAAUGGCGCGCAUGGGCAAGCUGGACGACCUACUGGAUGUGUGGAGGACACUGCACAACUAUCUUGACUUUGCGUUGGGGGAAAGGUUAAGAUCGAUCAAGGAAGCCCUUUCUGCGUUCUGGUCAAACCGCUCGGAGAAAAAGGUAAAAAGGACGAAGUCUCGGAGUUCGAUGACAGUGUCUGGGUUAGAAUUGCGGUUGGAUAUGCCUAUGACGCCGUCAAGUAAUAUGGGGGAGAGCGCUAAUGGAGAUGCGGUACCGCCUAAGAAGAUAAAGCGCAAGCUGAUAGACGUGUCACGGUAA